CAACUUUCUCUCUCUUACUUUACUCUUUUCUCAAACCCUCCUACACACUAUUUUUCAUCUUUCUCAAAUUUCUUUCACCCUUCUCAAUCAUCUUUCUCAAAUUUCUUUCACCUUUCUCAAUCUCAUCACUUUCUUCCCUCUCUUCUUCGACAGCUGCCGCCACCACCACCAGCAUACAUCAGAUUCUUCCAUCCCUGUCGUCGUCGUCAGUUUCUUCCAUCCCUUUUUGAAUAUGUAAUGUGUUUGUUUGUGUUUCUUUUGCUUUGGAUCUAUUUGUCGUCCGCAUCCCUAACCUCUUUUUAAUGGGAAAACUGAAGUGCUCACAAACCAAGGGGUAAAACCAAGUGCUCACAAUAUUUUACAAUGUCGUCCGCAUCCCUAACCCCUUUCUCAAUCUCAUCCAAGUGCUCACAAACCCGAGUCAGAGUACGUCAACCUCAAAGUGAAUGGCCAGGAUGGGAGCGAAGUGUAUUUCAGGAUUUCUAAGAAAUCCGAACUCAGCAAACUCAUGUAUUCUUACUGUAAAAGACAAGAGUUAGAGUUCAGUACCAUUGCUUUUCUCGUGGACGGCCAUCCCAUUGCUGGAACCCAAACCGCGGAAGAGCUGGGGUUGGAAGAUGGAGAUGAAAUUGAUGCCAUGAAACACCACUACGGCGGCGGCGGCGGCGGCGGAGCAAUCUGAGUUUUUCGUUUCUGUGGAAAAACGGUGAUCAAGCGAUAUCUGUCUUUUGGUAACGGUGACGUUUGGUCUUAGUGUUAAAUCUCAUGUUUGCAUUCGAUUAAUUUAGCUUGGCGCCCUUAUUUUACAAGGGGUAAAACACAAUAUUUUCUAAAUUAAUGGUGCUUUUUGAUUUCCUUCCUUUGCCUUUCACAAUAUGCUAUAAUUUUGGAUUUUGGUUCCCAUGAUGUUAAUGCCAUGUUGAUUUGGCACAGGGAAAAUAUGAGCAACAGUAUGAGAGUACAGAAGAAUUCAAGCAAGAGCUAAAAUUGAAGGUUCGAGAAAUAUUAACAGAACAAGAAUGGAGGAGGAGAAAGAUGCAGAUGAGGAUUUCUGAGGAAGAAGGCAGAUUGAAGAAAGAUUUCUGAGGAACAAUAUUCUCGCUUACUUCUUGGUUUGUUUGUAUGUUUGUUUGUAUAUGUUUGUUUGUAUGAAUAUUGACUUUCUCAAUGUCUUCUUUCAUUUGUCUGGAACUGGGAUUGGGGAGUUGGAAACUAACUUGUUUUGUUUGACAUUGUUGUUUCGUUCUGUUUAUGUGGAUUGAUGGUAAAUGAACUUUCCCCAUUCAUGGUAUCUGGCACAUGCUGACGUGCGUACUUAUAAUGGAGUUUGGACUAGUUCCCAUGUUGGUGAUUUUGUGUGUGUUACUUCUUUUGCAGGCGAUAUGAAAAAGCAUCUGGUGGCAAUAACCGGUUUGCAGCUUGAAGAGCAGAGACUACUAUUUCGAGGUAAGGAGAAGGAUGAUGAUGAGCAUUUGCAUACCGCAGGGGUGAAGAAUUUGUCAAAGAUUUUACUCUUGGAGAACAAGACAAACAAGCAGAGGAAGGUCGUGGAAGAUGUUAAGGUGGUAGAAGAGGUCGAGAGAAGUGGUGAGCUUUCGAAGGCAUCAGCAGCCAUUGCUGAUGUUCGGUCUGAGGUUGAUAAGCUUGCAGAUAGGGUUGCUGCCUUGCAAGUAGCUGUUAAUGGUGGCACAAAUGUUGAAGAUAAAGAAUUCGUAGUAUCAACGGAGCUGCUGAUGAGACAACUGUUGAAAUUAGAUAGCAUUGAUGCUGAAGGGGAAGCAAAGUUGCAGAGAAAAGCCGAGGUUAGUAUUUAAACAUUGAUGGUCCUUGUUGGGCAGUUUGACCAUGCUGAUCGUCUAUUCAAUAGCAUUAGAGAUACUUGGAUAAGUGCAGCUGGAAAGGGAAACACGUCAGACGUGAAGGAACUCAUUCCAGAAUUCUUUUACAUGCCAGAAUUCCUCGAAAAUACGUUCAACCUUGACUUGGGAGAGAAACAAUCUGGAGAAAAGGUUUCUACAAGUUUUAUUUAUUAUUCUUUAUUCUAAUAUCUUUUAUGAUUAAUUCAGUAGCACACCCUUUAAAUUUACUUGCAUAUUAUGGUCUAUCAGCGUAUUGGGGUUAGGCUGUGCGCCAUGUGGGAUAGUGGGAAAGGAGU